CCCACAGAACAGACGUUCCGUGGGCGUAGCAGUUUGAGGUUCUCGCUGUGCGCAACGUGGGCUUCUCCAAGCUACCGUAUUGCAAUAUGUCAGAGAGCGUUAGUAGGAGUUCAAGAAAAGUAGAUAAGGUAGACUAGCUCAUACCAUAUUGUAAAUGUCCGUCCCUAUCAACUGACAGGUCCCACCCUAGGUUGAUGACAGUGUUGUCCCCUCACAAGAAAACGUGGAUUGUGCUUUAUCCUUGGCGAUUGGAUUGGUUUGAGUUCACCUGACUCACACUCGCAGACCUGGUGUGUGUGCAUGCAGCAUUAUGGAUCCGACGAGGCUUCUAACGGAGAACGACCGCCGCUCUCUUUCAACAACUCCAGCCCGUUACCAGUGGCUCCUUCACGGGUAAGGAGGUUCGCUCAGGAGAGGCGAGCGCUCCCUCAGCCGAGAGUGAUGGUGGUAUUCUCGGCCGCAAAUGAGAUUGAUAAACCAGGCGAUGCAAUGUCGAGUUCGGACUCUGCGGAGGAUGAUUUCCGAAAGCCAGCCACCCCCGCACCGAACCUAAAUCUAGGCAAGUCUCUUCGUACCACCUUUAACGAAUCUCCAUCUCCAGAGUUUCCUGAGGUUAUUUCUCUCAACGUGGGUGGGACCUACUUCACCACCCGCCUGUCUACUUUACGGCGCUAUGAGGACACCAUGCUCGCCGCCAUGUUUAGUGGACGCCAUCACAUCCCACGUGAUGCUGAAGGUCGCUUCUUCAUUGACCGGGAUGGGGCAUAUUUCGGGGACAUCCUGAACUUCCUGCGCGAGGGUGAACUACCUCAGAGGGGUCGUGUGAGGUCAGUACACAGGGAGGCCCAGUACUAUGCUAUUGGUCCCCUGUUGGACAGCCUGGAGGACACUCAGCCACUCACAGGAGAGAAAGUCCGCCAGGCCUUCCUCGACCUCCUGCCCUACUACAAGGAUAAUCUGGAGCGCAUCGUGGAGAUUGCCAAACUGCGGGCCAUGCAGAGGAAGGCUCGCUUCGCCAAGCUGAAGAUUUGCGUGUACAAGGAGGAGAUGCCCAUUACACCGUACGAGCGGCCGCUCUUCAAUUCAUUGCGCUUUGAGCGCACGGAGAGUGAGGCCAAGCUGUUCGAGCACCACUGUGAGGUGGAUGUGUCGUUCGGGCCCUGGGAGGCGGUGGCGGACGUUUACGACCUGCUCCACUGCAUCGUCAGUGACCUGGCGGAGCGUGGCAUCACCGCCGACCAGCAAUGCAUCGGUGUCUGUGACAAACAUCUCAUCAACCACUACUACUGCAAGAGGCCCAUCUACGAGUUCAAGAUCACAUGGUGGUAAAGCAGGAGGACAAAAGAUCUUGCUGUCUGAGUUGUGAGGCGGACUCCUGUCGUGUUAUGCCAACUGAUCUCCUUCCUGGUCCCUCAGGAUGAGCGAGAAUAGGGGUAGUCAGUGUUAUUCUCCCUUUUUAAGAACUGAAACCUAUGAAGUGCUGAGUUUAUAGAAAGGAGGGAGUCUGGCUUUUGUGCUUCUGUUUCCUAACUCAAUAGCUGUGACCAAUGUUUCCUUUGUGUUGAAUUUUUUUUAACAGUAUUUACCUAGGGUCUCAUUGGCUGCUUCUUAUUUUUUACUUGUUAAACUCUGGGAGUUUUUUGUUCUCAUCCAACCUUGUAGAUCGGCCAAGGUUUUUCAGAAAAGGGUCAAGGUAAUCUCAUAUUGUGAUUCCAGUGUUGUCUGUCCCUUUGUCUUCAUUCCUACUUAUGCUGUUAUGCAUUCUACGUUGUGCGUUUCUGUGGUAACCACUUUGUUGGUCGCGAGAGAAACUGGAUGCAAUAAUGCAAGCUGGGGAAAUAUUGUUAAAGUACUGUAUAUAGCUACAUGUAAAUGUAUAUUUUGUUACUGAUGCUGGUCUUUGAUUUAUACAUUAUAUUUUCUGUCACUUACUCUCCCGUAAAGAUUUAGAAGUCCUAGAUUAGAGACACCAGUAAGUGUCGAUCUUUGCUAAACAGUCUGUGAUCAGCAUGGCUUUGGAAAGUCAUUAUUUUUUUACCAUUACAGUUUUAGAGACCCAAAGGAAAUUAGAGAGUUGAAAAUCAAAUAGAUUAAAGGGGCAUGGUCAAAGUUAUUUUACUUCAGUUUCCUCUUGAUGGAUCCCAUAUGUUCUUUUAACUGGAAAUGUUUAUCUGGCAGUUGAAAAUGGUGCAUGUGCUUCCUGUAAGUAAAAUCUUACUGCCCCAGAAUUUCUCUCUGAAGGGGUUUCUAUAGAUGAAGGAACAUUUUUAAUGUGCUGCUAAAAGUAAUUUACACUUAAAAAGCUAAGAACACGAAAUAUACACCACAUGGUCAAAAGUAUGUGGACACACCUUCAAAUUUGUGUAUUCUGCCAUUUCAGCCACACCUGUUGCUGACAGGUGUAUAAAAUCGAGCACACAGACAUGCAAUCGUUAUAGA